AUGGUUAUUGAGAGAGACGAUCCCACCGGUUUGUGCUACAAUUGGGCCCGUAGAACACUUACUAUUCAGGUGCUCGCGAGGAACUGCCGGUUUUUGCAAUGCAGAGGACCAUUUGCUCAGAGGAGACAUCCCCUUGUUGAUGCUAUAGUAGUUACUGAGAUUCAGAGAUGCUUAGAAGAAGGAACUGAGUUCCAGGGUGAUCUGCUGAAUUUUAGGAAAGAUGGUUCUCCAUUUAUGACGAGUCUGCAACUAAAGCCCAUAUAUGGAGAUGACGAAACAAUAACCCAUUAUAUGGGCAUUCAGUUCUUCAACGAUUGUAAUGUUGAUUUGGGGCCUUUGCCUGGCUCUAUGGCAAAGGAAGUUGUGAGAUCAGUAUGGAUUACACCAGAUAAUACUCUACGGCCAAGUCCAACAGGGAAGGGUAACUUUUGCUCUGAGUAUUCUCAUCUCUUCCAACUGAGCGAUGAGGUACUGUGCCAGAAGAUCCUAUCAAGAUUGUCACCUAGGGAUAUAGCAUCUGUAAACUCUGUAUGUAAACGUUUGUAUCACAUGACAAAGAAUGAUCACCUUUGGAGAAUGGUUUGUCAGAAUGCAUGGGGCAACGACGCAACUCGGGCUCUUGAGAAUGUGGCUGGCACAAAAAGUUUGGCAUGGGGACGGCUAGCGAGGGAGUUGACUACACUGGAAGCCGUCACCUGGAAGAAAUUGACGAUCGGGGGUUCAGUGGAGCCAUCUCGCUGUAACUUCAGUGCUUGUGCUGUAGGAAACCGUGUUGUCCUGUUUGGUGGGGAAGGUGUUAACGCACAGCCGAUGAAUGAUACAUUUGUGCUGGAUUUGAGUGCGAGCAAGCCAGAGUGGAGGCACGUCAAUGUGGGGUUGGCUCCUCCUGGCCGCUGGGGCCAUACCCUGUCAUGCCUAAAUGGAUCGCUGUUGGUUCUGUUUGGUGGAUGUGGAGGCCAGGGCCUGCUCAAUGAUGUGUUUAUUCUGGAUUUGGAUGCAAAACAUCCUACAUGGCGUGAGAUUUUUGGCCUUACACCACCGGUUCCACGGUCAUGGCAUAGCUCUUGCACACUGGAUGGAUCGAAGCUGGUGGUUUCUGGUGGCUGUGCCGACUCUGGUGUGCUCCUCAGUGAUACUCAUCUUUUGGAUGUGACAAUGGAAAGGCCUGUUUGGAGGGAGAUACCUGCACCUUGGACUCCGCCUUCUAGGUUGGGGCACUCGCUCUCUGUCUACGAUGGCCGGAAAAUCCUGAUGUUUGGUGGCCUUGCCAAAAGCGGCCCUUUGCGACUCAGGUCUGGUGAUGUGUUCACAAUGGACUUGAGUGAUGCUGCGCCGUCCUGGCGGUGCAUCACCGGUAGCGGAAUGCCUGGAGCCUGCAACCCCGCUGGAGUUGGUCCGCCUCCUCGCCUUGACCAUGUUGCCGUGAGCCUUCCCGGAGGGAGAAUUAUGAUAUUUGGUGGCUCGGUAGCAGGUCUUCAUUCCGCUUCACAGCUCUACCUCUUAGAUCCGACCGAAGAGAAACCUACCUGGAGAAUACUGAACGUUCCAGGGCGACCUCCGAGAUGUUUCCAGCACUCUGAUAUGGAAACAAAAGGGACUGGCGUCGUAUACCUGGAGUCUCCGGUGCAACACUUCUGUGGCACUGCCGUCGUGACACAUGUUGUAAUUGGUCCUGAAAUUCCGACCGCCCGCCGCCGGGACAAUAAAGCUACGGGGAUUACCCUCAAAACACAAGAAUUAGAAGUAAAACUAUGCAAACAGAUGAUGGAAACGGCGAACCACAUCUUCUUCAAGUGCCGGUACUCCAUUAGACUAUGGGGUAUGAUCAAGGGUUGGCUCAAGCUCGACUACCUCGACAUCUCUUCCUGGAUGACGAUGCGCUCCAUCAAGGACUGGUGGCUCAACAUGUCGGCUACUAAUAUGCCGAACCGGAAGGCGAUGGCCUCCCUUACUAUGCUAACAUGCUGGAGCAUAUGGUGA